UCCUGUUGCCAUCUUAACCCUUAGACCUGGACUUGUCAGAAUGGUAGGAAACACCCGCCUUCAACAUGUCAGUGUUCAAGCUUGGAGUCUUUUGUCUGCUUUUUAAGAGCAUUUUUGCCUUGUCAGGAAACUUCUGGCAUAUCACGGAUUUGCACUGGGACCCGACCUACAAGCUGACUGAUGAUCCUCAACUGGUGUGUGCAUCCAGUGGAAAUCGACCUGCUGCCACUGCUGGGAACUAUGGAGACUAUGUGUGUGACUCGCCAUGGCAUCUUAUCAGCUCUUCAUUAUACGCCAUGAAGGACAUUCUUCCAGAUCCAGAUUUCAUCGUGUGGACCGGUGAUGACACACCACAUGUGCCGGAUGAAGAUCUGGGUGAAGAGGCGGUGCUCAAUAUCAUGAGGAACCUGACUCACCUCAUCACAACUGUCUUUCCAAAGACUAAAGUGUAUUCAGCACUGGGGAAUCAUGACUAUCACCCCAAAAACCAGCUCCCAAGCACUGGAAGCAGGCUCUACUACCAAAUGGUUGAAAUGUGGAAGGAUUGGUUGGAGCCGGAGUCAGUUGAAACGUUCAAAAAAGGUGGUUUUUACAGUGAAAACCUGAUCAACCAGACCGGAGUCCGGAUGCUAGUUUUGAACACAAACUUGUACUAUGACCAGAACAAACUGACCACUAGUUCAAUCGACCCAGCUCUCCAGUUCAAAUGGGCCGACCAGAUUCUCACAGAGGCUGCGAGGAACAAUGAGAAGGUGUACAUCAUCGGGCACGUCCCCCCUGGUUUCUUUGAGAAGAAGAGAAGUAAAGCCUGGUUUACAAUUCAGUUCAACAAGCGAUAUAUCCAGCUGAUCCAGAAGCACCACGCUGUUAUCCUCGGACAGUUCUUUGGCCACCAUCACACAGACAGCUUCCGCAUGUUCUACGACUCCAAUGGGACGCCCAUCAGCACCAUGUUCCUCAGUCCAGGGGUCACACCUUGGAAAACAACCCUCCCAGGAGUGGUGGACGGAGCAAACAACCCCGGCAUCCGUGUCUUUGAAUAUGAUCCUAAAACUCUACUUGUUAAAGAUGUGGUGACCUACUACCUCAACUUGACUCAUGCGAAUGCAGCCGAGGAACGUUGGGAGAAGGAGUACAGGCUGACUGAGAGCUUCAGAGUCCCGGAUGCUUCACCGAGCUCCAUGCACAAGGUUCUGGAGAGGAUUGCUAGCGAGCGCUGCUACUUGCAGAAGUACUACGACUUUAAUUCGGUCAACUACGACCUGACGCAGUGCGACGACGACUGCAGGGUCGACCACGUGUGCGCGGCCAGAGAGGUGGACUUUCAGAGGUACCGACACUGCCUGGAAACAGAAGGUGCUGCGUCUUUAUACGCAGGUCUGCUGCCGAUCCUCUCGGUGGCAACCACUCUUAUUCUCAAUGGUAAUUAUAGGUGGUUAUAA